AUGAAGCGAAAACGAGGAGAAAAAGUUUACGACUUUUGUGCGGAUUUAGAGCUGAGUUUUAAAAGAAUGCCUUCACUCCUGAAAUGGUGGAUUACUUUACUUUAUUUAACAGGUGCCCCACGGUGUGCAGCGGUUAACGUGAACAUGCGGGACGACCGGCGGUUCGCCAUGCUCUUCCAGUCAGUGGUUCUGCCCUGCCAGUACACGACCAGCUCCAUUCAGGCUCCAGUGGUGCAGUGGUGGUACAAGUCAUACUGCCGCGACCGCACACGGGACUCGUUCAGCUUCCCCAACUCUCUAGGGGUCAAAGGGUCUGAGCUGGGCCCUUCCUCCCAUCUGGACUGCAGUGACAACAGUCGAACGGUCAGGAUUAUAAUCUCCGUGCAGGGAUCCUCCGUGACCCUGACCGAUCACUACAAAGGACGAGACAUCUCCAUCAUUAACAAGGCUGACCUGCGCAUCGGACAGUUGCAGUGGGGUGACAGCGGUGUUUAUUACUGCAAGGUUGUGAUCGCCGAUGACCUGGAGGGUGAGAACGAAGCUCAUGUGGAACUCCUGGUUUUAGGUCAAACAAGUGUGACUGACGAUCUCCUGCCCGAGAUUAAUCUGGAGAUUAUGCCAGAGUGGGUGUUCGUGGGAGCCGUAGUCCUGGGUAGUGUCCUGUUCCUGGUGCUGGCCGGCGUGUGCUGGUGUCAGUGCUGUCCUCACUCCUGCUGCUGCUACGUACGAUGCUGCUGUUGCCCGGAAACCUGCUGUUGUCCACGUCACUUGUAUGAAGCAGGAAAAGGCCUAAAGACAACAGCAGCAGCGCCAGUAGCUAUGUACCCUCCGUACUUUGUGCAAGGCAUGCCCACCAUGGUGCCAAUCGCUCCUCCUUCUUUCAUCGAACCCAAGAUGUCCACAGUAUCAUCCAUCAAUAAUAACGCCUCCACAGUUCAGCAGCCAUCAGUGCACAGUGGGUUCCUCCUCCAGCCCACGCCGGACCAAAAUUCCAUGAAGAUGUUGCAGUAUGUGGAAAGAGAGCUUGCACAGUUCAACCCAUCUAAGACCCCCAGCAGCAACUCAGCUUGCAGUAUGUCCGAGCUCAGUUCCCUACAUGAAGCCGAGACGGAUUUCCGCCAGACCUAUCGGCAGGUUCAGAAGAAGGCCCUUCCAGUAAUUCCUGAUCUGGACGACCCUCCAGAUGUGAUGAGUAGAGAAAUGUCUCCUGGUCGUCCACGAGGAUCCACGCGUCAUCCUCAGCACCGACCAGAGGAAGAGCAUCCUAGGUGGAAACCACGUUCUGAGCACUUACAGAGGAAAGCCUUUCAAAUGGGUGAACGCAGAGGCUCCCUGGACGAGCUUGAGGAAUUUGCUAUGAAUUACGUUCCCCGAGGUUACCAUAGUAACUUUAACGACGCCGAUGAUGACCACAGGACACGUACCCGACAACGACAGUGUGAUAAUGACCGGGAGUGGAACUGCCGUCGAGAAGAGGAGCCGGAACGUGAGCGCUCUCCGUACUACAGCUCUAAACGCUACUAUCCUAAAAACAGCCCAGACAGACACCGACCUCCCAGUCCUGCCAGUCCUCCUCGUGUACCAGAAUACACAAAGAGAAGAGACACGUGGGACAGCGAGCGACCGCUGCGCCGUCAUGAACCCUGGGAGUCCAAAGCGCGGAACGAGAAGAGCCUCCCGGAUUACGACGACGCUCUCCUCAGCAGCUUGUUAGAACGGAAAGCAAAAAGUGAACGAAGCCUGUCGUCUUUUAAAGGCGGCCAGAACGGGGAGGAAUCGGACACGCCCUCCAAGAACAGCUCCAAAAAGAGCUACCGCAGUAACUCGCCCAGCAACAGGUCAGCUAACAACCGGCUGACCGAGGCCGAGUCGUUACCACCGUACACGGAAAGGGAACCAGAACGUCACCGCAGCGUCCCGACCUCCUACAAACCCCAGAAAGAGAGGGAGAACAGGGAGGAACAGAACAGACCACGGAAAGUGAACACAGUCCUGAGCAGAGAUUCACUCGUAGUCUGACCGGCCUGGUAACUCGUCUUCAGAUCCCCGCUGCGCUCACCGAUCUUCACGCCUUCGGUACGGCGAUCUGAAAACCACGGGGUAUAAAAGCUUCAGAGUUUAAGUGUGUUUGCUUUGUUUACAUAACCGUGAACCCCUGUUGCUGUGCAAAUGGCCCAGAACCUGAUACCUGGAAAGCCAGAAGAACAUGAGCUGAUGUUUGUGAAGAAGAGACCAAGGAUUUCACUACUUAACUUUACUUAAUGGUACCUUCUGCUGGAAAGCCUGAUCUUCUGGUUCCAGCGGGGUCAGAAAUGCACUGGGUAGAAUUUAAAGCUUUGAUGAUAUACAGAAACAUAAGAACUUUUUUUUCUUGACCCCUCCACCUUGUUGGUUUAGUUUAGUAGUCAGCCCUUUUUACAUUUGAGGAAUGCAGGACCCUUGGGGCGUGUCUGCACUGGGACUGACCGUAAAG